AUCGAUGUCUCUGGAAUAGACUGCCCUACCUGCGCCGCCGCCGUCAAAACUUCGCAGGCUUCGCUGUCGAUCGCCGAGCGGUAGUUCGGGCUGUGCUUCUGGAUCCGCAGCUGUACCAGCUUCUUGUAGCGCCGGAGCUAUGUUUCGUAACCAGUAUGACAAUGAUGUCACUGUUUGGAGCCCUCAGGGCAGGAUUCACCAAAUUGAAUAUGCAAUGGAAGCUGUUAAGCAAGGUUCAGCCACAGUUGGUCUGAAGUCCAAAACCCAUGCAGUAUUGGUUGCACUGAAGAGGGCACAGUCAGAACUUGCAGCUCACCAGAAAAAAAUUCUCCAUGUUGACAACCAUAUUGGAAUCUCAAUUGCGGGUCUUACUGCUGAUGCUAGACUGUUAUGUAAUUUUAUGCGCCAGGAGUGUUUGGAUUCCAGAUUUGUAUUUGACAGACCACUUCCUGUAUCUCGCCUUGUAUCUCUAAUUGGAAGCAAGACCCAGAUACCAACACAACGGUACGGCCGGAGACCAUAUGGUGUUGGACUUCUUAUUGCUGGUUAUGAUGAUAUGGGCCCUCACAUUUUCCAAACCUGUCCAUCUGCUAACUACUUUGACUGCAGAGCUAUGUCCAUCGGAGCCCGUUCUCAGUCAGCUCGAACUUACUUGGAGAGACAUAUGUCUGAGUUUAUGGAGUGCAAUUUGAAUGAACUGGUUAAACAUGGUCUGCGUGCCUUAAGAGAAACACUUCCUGCAGAGCAGGACCUAACUACAAAGAAUGUUUCCAUUGGAAUUGUUGGUAAAGACUUGGAGUUUACUAUCUACGAUGAUGAUGAUGUGUCUCCAUUCCUGGAAGGUCUUGAAGAAAGGCCACAGAGAAAGGCACAGCCUUCACAAGCUGCUGAUGAACCUGCAGAAAAGGCUGAUGAACCGAUGGAACAUUAAGUGAUAAAGGAUACAGGGACAUCAGGAUAUGGGGGUGCAUACUGGUGACAGUGAUCUGUACUUUGAACCAAGAGCUGCAGAGUGGUGGGAUAAUAUGUUUUAGGAAUCAGUCCAGAUGUAAGUUUUUUCUGAGCAACUUCCCUGAAACCAUAUAAGGGAGAGCAUUUUCUUUGAAAGGGUCUGUCUAAUCAUUUUCUAGAAAGUAUAGGUAUCUAUACCAAUGUUUUUAUAUGAAGAAAAUAGUGUCUUUGCAGUUUUAAAGACAACUGUGAAAUAAAAUUGUUUCACUUCCAUUGUA